AUGCCAAGGAUUCCAAUCAAUCCUCCAGCAGAGUUUGAAAAGGUACGAGGCUUUCUAGAAAAAGUUGAAGCAGAAAUGAGAAGGCUUGAGAACGCACCGCCAGCGCCUAGAACCCAAGAAAACUUCUGGCCAAUCUUCCAGCUACAUCAUCAGCGAACCAGACACAUCUACAAUCUUAAUGCCAAAGGAGAGAUAAGCAAGGAUUUGUACAGAUAUCUUUCGGAAAACAUGUUUGUUGAUCAUGGCCUAGCUUGCUAUUGGAAGAAGAUGGGCUAUGAAAAUCUGUGCUGUGUUAGAUGCAUACAGCCUACGGAUAGCAAGCGUGGGAAUGUAUGUGUGUGUAGAGUGCCCCAAAGAAGCAUCGAUGCGGAUCAGGUUGUUAGAUGUGAUAAUUGUGGGUGUAUGGGAUGCUCUGGAUACUAA